UGCGCACUCUCGAGUAUCAGAGAUUUUUGUAAAGGAUGGUUGAAAGCAAGGGUUUAUGUCUGACGCAAACUAUAGGCAUCUUAGGCCUUACCAUUCUGUUUAUAUGGCUUUCCUUACGACCCAAGAGCCCCUCAUACUCCAUUCUGUCCAUCUCCAUUGAACAGCCAUCAAACUCGAAUCAAAACGGCAGCAUCCUUUACAGCCUUGAAAUCAAAAACCAAAACAAGGACUCGAGCAUUUACUAUGACGACACCAUAUUAAGCUUCUUAUAUGGGCAGGAUGAGAAGGAGGUGGGGGAGACAACUAUAGGCUCAUUCCAUCAAGGAACUAGCAACACUCGGGAACAAUCUAGUACUGCUAAUGCCAGACCUCGACAAAUCAAACCUCUCUUAAAUGCAAUCUCAAAUGCAACCGCAGAGUUAAAAGUUGAUUUGAUCACACGAUAUCGAUACAAGACAUGGGGAAUUAAGAGCAAGUUUCAUGGGUUACAUCUCAGAGGCAUUUUACCAAUUGAUUCUGAUGGGAAGCUCUCACGCAAGAAGAAAAAGUACCCACUUACCCAUUAUUCCAAGAAACUAGGAAAGUCCAAAAUACGGCACUGAUCUAACCUUUCUACAUUUGCUUCUACUCUUCCUUUACUUUCCCUACAACACGUAGAAAGAUUCAUGUUUCCACCUUGCAUGGGAGAUAUCCUUGCUUCAACCCCCAGUAUAAGCAGAAACAAGAACAAGCUUAGCAUCUGAUGGGUCCUGUUAAUGUGGAACUAAAAU